GGUUGGCAUAUCCCCACAAAAGUCGACAACAUGACGGGUAAGCAAAUGCUACGUCAACUAUGUGUCUGUUCAUAUAAAUACUAUAUCCGUGUUGCAGCUGCGCCAUUCUUCGAACCCCUUCAACGACGUGUGGUCUCAUGGAGGACCGGGGUUUAACCGGCCAAUUGCGCUGUGGGGGUAUGCCGGACCAUGGCCUUGCUCCCAGCCACUCGCCUUUGCUCACUCAUCAUAUCCGCCGUUAUUUCCUUGUGGGAGACCUGAUUUGUGGUCUUGUACGUACAUAGUAACUUUCAUGGUCAAAAACCAGCGGCCACGCCCGGAUCUGGGCCCAAGACAAAUUCUUGGCCUUCUUGGCAUCCGACGUCGUCCGCAUCCAUCACCGUCUCGGCCCUCCACCAUCGAUUUAGCUUUUUCAUUAUUCGCCUGUCUUGAAAGCUCUUGGCAAUGUCGGCUCAGGAAUAUUAUCAGCAAGGCCCGCCGCAAGGCUACAGCAAUCCAGGGCCCUACCCUCAGCAUCCUCAGCAGGCGUACGCUGGCCCGGCGCCGCAGCAGGGCUACUAUCCGCCCCAAGGCCAAAUGCAGUAUCAGCAGCAGCCGCCGCCUCAGAAGCAGAGCGGCGGCGGUGAUGGGUGUCUCAAAGGCUGUUUGGCGGCGCUGUGCUGUUGCUUUGUCUGUGAGGAGGGCUGCGAGUGCUGCGCGGAAUGCUGCGAAUGUUGCAUGGACUGCUAGACACACUCAAGAUUUCAUUGCUCUUAUGUACGGAAUCUCUGUCCCUUCCUCCAGCAAUAUCUUCCUUACUUUGAGGCUGGGUUGUGAGUUGGAUGUAUUGCACUCCGUACAUGUACGUAUCUGGGAUAUUCCAAGCGACCACCCGGGAAGGUAAACGUGCAAUAGCGAGGUGAUUGGAGAUACCAGUCGUUGAAAAUGUGCUGACACCUGCAGAU